CUGGUUGUUGUUCCUCGGAGAAGUAUCUCUUGCAGAGAAAUAUCUUCCAGACAAUAGUCCCGCUAUGCCCGCUGUUGGCGACCAGCACCGGGGCGGCCCAGCGACCAUCAUGAUGCCUAACUCAAGCGGGAAUCUCUCCGCCAACCCAUUCGAAGAACCACAACGACGCAUCAGCGAAUAUACCGCCCAGGAGAUCGCGACAUUGCAAGCACGCCUCGACAAGAAAUUGGGCCCCGAAUAUAUCUCGUCUAGGCCGGGUGCUGCCGGACAGCGCGUACACUAUCUAUCGGCUGAUAAGUGUAUCAACCUCGCGAACGAGGUCUUUGGGUUCAACGGAUGGUCGAGCUCAAUUCAGAAUAUUCAAAUUGACUUUGUCGAGGAGAGCCCAAACACGGGGAAAAUCAGCUUAGGUCUUUCGGUGAUAGUGAGAGUUACCUUGAAGGAUGGUACAUAUCAUGAGGACAUCGGAUACGGGCACAUCGAGAAUUGCAAGGGCAAGGCAGCCGCUUUCGAGAAAGCGAAGAAAGAGGGAACCACAGAUGCGCUCAAGCGUGCCUUACGAAAUUUCGGCAAUGUGCUGGGCAAUUGUAUUUACGACAAGGACUAUGUUUCCAAAGUCACGAAAGUGAAAGCCGCGCCCGCAAGAUGGGAUGUGAAUGAGCUGCAUCGUCACGCGGACUUCGUUCCCAUCAAGAAAGAACCAAAGCCACCACCGGAGGAUGAUGAGUUGCCGCCGCGUCCAGCAGGGAUCGCGAAGCGACCUAAUUUUGAUGAUUCGAUGGCAUUCGACGGGGAUGGAGAAUUUGGAAGCGAUCUCUUCGAUGAAGCCGAUUUCGGUGUUGCGGAAACAGGCAAUCCAGACGAAAUUGUAUUAGGGCCAGAAUCGCAGAGAGCACAACAACAACAACAACCACCACCAACACCGCUCAACACCCAUCAUCGACCCCUUGACAAUAACUAUCGGGGACCUAUCAGACCGAACUCAGCUAUGGUAACGCCAUCGAAGCCCCCAGCCCCAAAGCAAUACCCCACCCCGCAGCCAUUUAACGGACGCCCAAAUCACCCCGCAGCCGGCGACCAACAACACCAACGACAGACCGUGCCCCCCGCAGGGCCGCGACCCAACUUCCACAAUGGAAGAAUGAUCCCACCUCCUCCCCAGCAAAGACAGCCCCAGGACCCUACCGGACCAACAGCAGCAUUGCCAGCAGCAGGUCUCAACAACCAAAUGUCCGUCCCAAUCAAACGCGAACCGGGCACCACCACGUCCACGGGACCUCCAGAAGCCCUCCCAUCCGGCACGCCCUCGGCCUCGUUCUUCUCCGCCCGCGCAGUCGACCUCCUCCGCGACAACCCUCAAGGCGGUUUUCCCGCCGCAGCGCCGGCCUUCGACCCGCACGCCGAAAGCCCCUCGAUCCGCAAGACCGCCGGGUUCGACCACAGCACCAGCAAGCCCAUCUCGAAACCCAUGUUAUCCGGGGCCAACAACGCAUCGCCUGCUGCGGGGUCCAACACACGGGACUUCGUCAACCCGUCGCAGGACAUGCAUCGGAAGAUUGGCGCUCCCGGGAGCAACAACGUGGGCAGCCCCAUGACGAUGAUGAAUCGAGGCCCGUCCACUUCGUCCUACCGUCCUCUAACCCGACCAAACAUUGAACCUCGGAUUGCGACCACCACUGCUGCUACGGCUGCUACGGCUAUGCCGAACCGUCCAUUAUCUGGUGGUGGUGGUCCUCCGCUGGCUCAGAAUGUCAAUGGGAAACGGCCUCCCCUGUCCGACAUGACAAAUGCUCAGGCUUCGAGCGGCAGCGGGUCUGCUCCCCUGGCCGGGGCCUUGGAUCCCAAAAGACCGAGGAUGAACCAAAGUGGGUUGCCCCAAGUUACACCUCAGCAACAGCAGCAGCAGCAGCAGCAGCAGCAGCAGUAGUAGAAGCGACUUUGUUGUUAUAUAAUCUAUCAAUUCUGCACGCAAUCUUUGAUGAUGAACCUGUCUUCUACGUUCGGGACGAGAGGUCUAUGGGUUUUCGGCGUUAUGAGGACUAGGCAUGGUAAUGGGAACGGAAUAACUGGUUUGAUCAAUAGAUCUGCUUGCUGAACAACUUGAUUGAUAUUGGGACUACAUACAUAAGGCUUUAUUGCCUUUCAAUGCAUGCUUACACAUAGUCGGGAAGAGUCUCGC